AUUAAUUAUUAUUACUUUUUGCGUGAUUAUUAUAUUUUAUUCGUUAUUAAAAAAACUAAGCUGUUAGUUAAGCAAACAGAUAAACUAAAAAGUUUCGAACGAACAGUGUAGCACUAUAAUCAUUCCAUGGCUCCAAGAGUUUAUAUAAGGGGCUUCUGCGGACACAGAUUGUUGAAAUGUUUGGCCUACCUACUCAUCGUCGUCUCCAUCACCUCCAUCAUCCUGGACAUCGUUGACGUGGCUCUGACCUACAAGAUCUGUCCUCCAUCAGGAAUCCUCCGGAACUUCUACUGCCUCGCCAGUCCAUCUGACGAUGUGUGGACCUGGGUCGCUUCUGGGAUAUGGGCUUCUGUGCCGCUUACCAUAGCUGGAAUUUGGACUCUUUACAUGCUGGAUAGGCUUGAGACAAACCCUUUCUGGUAUGUACUCUUCCUUUUCGUCUGCACGUUUUUCUUCACCCCGGCCAAGAUCAUCCUGAACAGCAUCGAGGCUUCCAAGUACGGCGGCGUGAAUUCUUAUUGGGAGGGUUCUUCCUACGCUUACUCCAAAUUGGUCAUUCCAAUCUUUUUGGCUGUGUUUGCCUUCCUGGAGCACAUCCAUUGCUUGAUCUUUUUCAUCAACUUUCUGUGUUGCUGGUGGACCAACGAGCACGAGGAACGCGAUGUAGAAAAAGUGAGGAAUCCCUCACCAUUCAUGGUGGAAACUUCUCACCACAAAGCCAGCAACAACAUGUACCAGUACCAGGUCCCCUUCAACAUGCCGAUCAAUGUUGUGAACACCCCGGCCUUCACUCCGAGGUACGUCUACAGCACUCCGGGCCUUGUUAACCCUUCAGUACAGGUCGUUGGCAAUACGGGGUUGAACUUGAAUAAUCCCACACCCUAUGUGCAAUUCAAAACUGCUUAGAAAAAUGUGAUUGGCCGGAGAGAUAAGAAUGAAGUAGCGAUUAGAAAUUUGGAUUGUUGUGAAAUAUUUAUUUUGAUUGAUAGAUGAUGAAAUUGGAUACUUUUGAACAUUCCUGCACGCCAUUAAUUAAUUAAUCAUUACUUUCAUUUGUGCUCAUGGUAAGUUUUUGACAUUCAUAGAUACGACACAAAUGACUACAAAUUUUUAGUUCUUAUAUCAAACUAAUUAAUAUGUUUAUUCAAUUUUGCUUAACAUACUCAAUUGCACAGGUAUUUUUAACAAUUUUCUGAAUAUAUUUUCAAGUUGUUAAUUUUUACAAUUCGUACCAGUUUUAAAAAAUAUUAAGAGUUUAUAUUAGAUAACGCUGGGUUAUGCAAACAUGAAUGAGCAUAUAAUAUAUUUCUUUAUAAAAAAAAUUUUUAAAGUCUAAAUCAUCAAAAUUAUUUGUAAAAGUACUUGGCUGAAUGAUUAAACAGUUCAAAUAAACGUGCUAUUUGCAAGUAUUUCUAAGAAAUUAAAAAAUGUUUAGUGUUAAUCUUGAUUUAAUUGAAAAUGUUUAUUUGAAAAAAGCUAAAUUAUUUUGGAAAACUCUUUUGAACUGCAUUUGAAUUAUCAAAAACUUUACUCAUUCGUUACUUUUUAAAAUGUUUAAAUUGAUUUUGUAACUAAAUAAAUUUUUCUCUUUCUUAGUUAUUUUUCAAAAUAAAGUUUUCAAAUAAUAAAA